GCAGCCGACUGCACCGACGCUGAGGACCAAGUGAUCACCGACGCGUACACCGCCGCAGCUAGCACCAGCGAUUGCUCGGAGUACGCGUCCGUGAGCAACCUGUUGGUCACCAUCAUGCCGCCGUGCUCCUCCACUGCCUGCGUCUCCGUCAUGAAGCAGUUGGCCGAGUCCAUCUCAAACUGCACCACGGCCACGUACUCCGAGAAGGACCAGCUCCUGCAGUCGCUCGACAUUUGCGCCACGCCAGCCCCAACUCCCGCGUCGACAGCGUCGUCGACAAACUGCACCAGUGACGAGGCCGAAGCCAUGUUCAACGCCUUCUACGAGGCGGCAAAUGGCUCGUGUGCGAGCUCCACGACGAUCGAGGCCUACAGCAUCAUCAUCGACACGCAGUGCAACUCGACGUGCGCUGCGGCGGUUCAAUCCUUCGCCCAAACACUGCCGAACUGCAACUACGAGCUGUCGGGGGAGAACACCAACAAGAAGCAGGACAUUGCCACGCAGUUCAGCUACUGCGAGAUGCUGGACGACGCCACGAACAUCAGCGUAUACGUCGACUCGGUCGAUAGUUUGUUGGGGUCUUCUGCUGGUCUAGCACCCGUGGUGCCGAACUGCACCACCGACGAGAACAACGAGACCGUCGACUUCUUCCUGGCCGUGGCAACGAACGAGUCGUGCCAAUACGACUCGUCCAUCUGCGCGUACGACGUCCACGUGAACACCGACUGCGAUACGGAGUGUGGCAGAUUGGUCCGCAGACUCGGCUUCGACGUCCCCAAGUGCUACUUCGACCACGUCAACCACCGAGAAUACCUGAGCGAUCACUGGUACCAAUGCGAGUGGAUCGUGAACCCUGACAACAUCUCCCUCAGCUUCCACUACUCGGAAAUAGUCCUCAACGCCACGUUGAACUCCUCCGUCGCCUGCAACCCCAGCUUUGACUCCACCGUCACUUCCAGCGACAACGACCAAGACUCCAGCGCAGCUUCACAAACCGACAGUGCUGCUCUAAAAAGCACGACAACUGCGUUCAUCUACAGCAUUGCACUCAUCUUGGCAACCCUGCAUAUGUAG